CUCACUUGACAAACUCGUUGACAUUUUUUUUUCACCUCUUCUCGUCCAUCUCUUCCUUGAGCGACCUGUCACAUUCUCUCUCUCUCUCUCUCUCUCACUCUCACACACGUCCUUUUUCUACGCGUCUCUCUCCUCCACUAGUUCCGUGUUCCUCUUUGUAGCCUUAUAUACACACCACUCUUUUAUUCCUCUCUCUCUUCCUUUUCAACAUACACAUAGUGUAAUUUCGUAAAGUCACUAUCGUCUACCACUGCUUUCUCAAUUCCGACCUUACUACUAACAUCUACUGAAUUACUAUCAUGUCUCAACCUUCUAACGGAAGCAUCGAACAUAUUGAUGAUCACACAAUUGAAAACGUUGAUAACGAAAUUCAACAAGACGAUGGCCAGCUCACUUUACGUGCUUUAGUAUCGACCAAAGAAGCUGGCGUUAUCAUUGGCAAAGCUGGCAAAAAUGUGGCGGAGCUGAGAGACUCCACCGGCGUCAAGGCUGGUGUUUCCAAAGUGAUCCAAGGAGUCCAUGACCGUGUCCUGACCGUCAGCGGCUCACUUGAAGGUGUUGCCAAGGCCUAUUCUUUAAUCGCCCAAACACUUCUCGACAACCCCAUUUCGCCCGCCACUCCCCCUACCUCUCCCAUCUCCCCGUCGUCCAGCAACAAUGGCAGCGGCGGCGUGAUGGCCACAAUCCGUCUUUUGAUCUCGCACAACUUGAUGGGCACCGUUAUCGGCCGUCAGGGUGCAAAGAUCAAGCAUAUUCAAGACACCUCUGGUGUGCGCAUGAUUGCCUCUAAAACGUUGCUUCCCCAGAGCACGGAACGUGUUGUUGAAGUCCGUGGUACUGUGGAGGGUGUCAACUUGGCUAUCUUGGAGAUUGGUCAGUGUCUCAUUGAUGACAAGGAGCGUGCCUAUGGCACCAUCUUGUACAACCCCACCAAGGUCGACACUGCUCAGCAACAGCAACAGCAGCAGCAACAACCUCAAUCCCGUCGUACUUCCAUCACACGCACCGGCAAUGGUACCGACUUUUCCGAUUACCAGCAGCCCCGUCGCACCUCCAUCUCUUCGCAGCAACAAAACUUUUUGAACAACCCUAACGUCCGCACCCAACACAUCUCCAUCCCUAGCGACAUGGUCGGCUGUAUCAUUGGCAAGGGUGGCGCAAAGAUUUCGGAAAUCCGCCGACUUUCUGGAUCCCGGAUCUCCAUCGCUAAAUUGCCGCAUGACGAGAGUGGAGAAAGAAUGUUCAGCAUCACCGGUCCCAGUGAAGCAAACGAGCGUGCCCUGUACUUAUUGUACGGUCAGCUUGAAAACGAAAAGGAGCGCCGUCUCAGAGGAGCCUUGCAAGAAGAUGCCAUCCUUGAAGAAGAGUAAAUCAACAAAAGUAUCGCACACACACACACCACACAUAGCACAUACUAGCUCUAACCCUACUGUACUUGUUCUUUUACACACACCUUUUAAAAAAAACACAAACCCUCUUCUUAACCUCUUUCUAUCUACUUGUCGUGUUGUUGUAUAUCUUUGCCACCCUUUUUCUCUUCUAUUAUUCUCUCUAUCUUGUCGUUUUCCCCCUCUUUUUUUCUGGAUUUCAUUUUCCACAACAACAAAAAAAAAGUUCUCCAUUUCCAAUGUUUCUAAAAGUAUUACUAUUACUUGAUA